UUGUGAAUUAAAUCACUUUGAGGUUAGAAUCGAUAUUGUUGUCAAAUCAUUCAAACAAUUUGGAUUUUUGCGUCGUAGCUUUCGGUACAUAAAACCCGGCAAAAUAAUGGAAUUUGGUGAAUUAAUUGAACCUGAUACACGUGCAUUUUGGGGAAAUUACGACGAAUUUGACGAAGAAAAUAGUCAAAUUGAACCAACAGCACUGUCAUGGAAAUGGAUGGACGAAGGAGAAUCGUCGGGCGUAGAAAAGUUCAAAAAUCUAUUCAUUAUUGAAGGUCGGCAAAUUUUCGAUUUUGUGCAAACAACAAUUUUAAAGAAAACAAGCCCAUUGUGUCAAAUUGAUGGCUGCAAAACAUCCGUCUACAAACUAUCGACCGGUGAUUAUGUUUGUGUGUCUGAAGAAAAUGAUUUGGAUCAAAUUGCACAAAUGACCGAACUGUUGAUGCCAUGGCUGGAAAAGGCUGAACAAACAUACCUGUUUCCAUUCCAAUCGGCCUACACUUACAAUACACAAAAAGAGUUUGAUAAACGUUGUUUCAUUCGUACAAUUUCCAAUGCAACUGCAACUCCAACCGAAAAUGAACUUGAUGGCAUCGAAACAAUGGAAGAUUGUAACAUUGUAAAUGGCCUGUCGGCUGGUGUAUCGACAUGGCGACACGUUCACAAGCUACCCUUUACAUGUUACACGAUUUACAUGGACUGUGUACAGGUCGAUUCAUUUGUCGGUUCAUUGGUAUUGAAAUUGUUCAAUCGUUUGGGUUUGAAAUGUGAUUCAAAUUAUGUUGUGAAAACAGUUAACAAAUCAAAUUUGUAUAUGUGAAUCAAAUGAUAAUAUUCAGAAGUGUGAGCAAGAAAAUAAAAAUAAUAAUAAAUUCUAAAAUAAAACUUUACACAACAAACGGUA